AUGAUCAUCUUGGGAUCUUCAAACGCUGGCCACGUGACGGCCUGGACUGCGGAUCGCGGGGAAAUCACCAGGGAACUUUUCUUCAGUCAAACCAGACGCUUUCUGACACCCCAAGUGCCAUUUCAUCUCUCGACUGCCCUCGAUGCUGCCGCCCUCCAAAUUUCCCCCAUGGAUAAGCUGCCGGUAGAGAUCCUGUCCAAAAUCAUCGACCUGCUCUCCCCGCAGGAGAAGGUGCAGCUGCAGUCCGUCUCGAAGAAACUCUUUGAUCUCGCCCGUGACAACAACCUAUGGAAAGUCCACUGCUAUGAGCAGUCAUGGGCUGCCCUGCAGGCCUCUCGUUCUGCCGACCGGAUGUCGGAAAGCCUGGUUGCGAGCUCCCCCACGUCUUUGAGUGCUCUGGGGCAAAGUACCCUGCGUGAUCUUAUCCAGCCGCCUGCUCUGUGUGUGAGCGAGGUUGGUUCCGACGAGACCCGGGAUUUGUCCCCCAGUGAGAGAGCACGAGCGGCAGCCGAGUGGGAUUCCUCAGCUGAGGGGGAACAUGUGGACUGGUAUUCAGAAUAUAUUGCUCGGCAUGGGCCCAUCUCGCUUACAUGGACCCAGCAACCCUCGGUCCGGACUGGCGAGGGCGGACGGCGCCAGUUCCACGAGGUCAAAGGAAUGGGGUUGCUGAAGGACUGGAGUUCUGCGAGACAGAACAAGAUUGUUGCCCCGCUUGAAGAUGGGAGUGUCUGUAUCUGGGAUUUAAACCACUCUCACUGCGCUGGCUCGCCAUCCUCCAAAGGCAGGAUCCUUGGGGUCAGUGAGCCGGGUAUCCUCAUGAAGAACCUCUCUGGGCGCAGAGAGCACUCCUCGUCAAAAUCCGCGCUUGAUUUCAUUAAUCUGGGAGAGGGAGUAAGCGUGGACUCCUUGCGGCAGCGAGCCUACCUGGCUAUCGGAAACGUCCUCAAUGAAGUGGAUCUGGAAACAUUAAAGGUCGUUUCGCAGCAGCGGUAUCCUUGGUCGAUCUUUGCGCUUUCGCAAGAGACUGAUUACUCUGUGCCUUUGACCCUCGCUACAACACUGAGUCUGCAGAUUUAUGACGCCCGAUUGUCUGCGACUGAGGAGGAAGAAGCCAUCAGCUCGCGGUGCGAGAAGGUUAACAAUGGAUUUGCCCCCGAGUCCGAUAUAUUUACCCAUCCCGAUUCGCCAUUGCUGCGAUUCCAACCCAAUGGACAGCCACCUCAUCGCAUCCGCAGCCCGGAUCCUUCAGAGAAGGGGGCUAACUAUGCUCCGCUUUUCCAACCUGGUCCUCUCUCCAUUCUACACCCACCGGCUCCCCAUGUGAACACUAUUCUUCUUGCGGGUCGCUUUCCCAGCAUUCUGUGCUAUGACCGUCGCUUCUUUCCUCGGCUGCAAAAUACUGUCCACUCCGGUGGUCGGCUCUGUGGUCUAGCUUCUGUCCCAGCACCACGGUUUCCCGUGUUCUCGGACUCGACAUACCCAGAGUCCCACUCCGUCGUCGCGUGCGGCGAAUAUAAUGGGAGAGGUUCACUGGAACUGUACAGCCUCAAGUCGGCAUCACAGGAGAGGGUCGGCAACCCAUCGAAUCUGUCCUCUCACCUGACACCAGAAUACAAAAACCGGCAGAGUGCGGCCAGCUCCAAGCUGCUCUCGGUGGGAUCCCAUGGCAACCGGCUUGUCUACUCCGACUCCGAGGGAAAUAUUAAAUGGAUGGAACGGGAUGGAGGCUCCGAGGUUCGUCGCUGGAACGUCAACACCUCCCAACCACAGAUUCCCUUUUCGCGCUACGGCCGAGAGUCAACUCCUGGGCCGUCUGGUGACGAUCAAGAGCCUCGUGGGCUCUGGCCGGGAUCUCAGCCCCAGAACAACAACAGUGAGGUGGCACGCAAAAUCCUCCCCAUCGGUGGGAACUUGACCGGCGACGAACUCCUGGUCUGGACGGGAGAACGCAUUGGUCGACUGAAGUUUUCAAUCCCAGCCGACCAGGAUAUGCUGAUGGAGGAAGAGGAAGAUGAUUUAUUCAUGCACGCCGAGGUUGACGAAGCUACCCGAGAUGCAAUGCGGCAGAAGCAUCGCGACGAGUGGGAGAAAGAACAAAGGUAUGGGGACAUGAUGCGACGAGCCCUCGAGAGACAGGCAGAUGAAGUGCGAUGGAUGGGGAGCCACGGCAUGAGCUGA